AUGGACGAAGGAGCCAAGACGCAGAACGAGGAGCUGCAGGCGCAGCUCGAUGCGGCCAGGGAGCGCGUCGCCACGCUCCAGGGGGCUUCGGCGCUCGGGCUCUCAGUGGACUUCCAGCGUGAGGCGGAGAACGCCCUCCAGCAGGGCAAGGACCAGGUCGCCGCCCUGGAGCGGUCCGUCCAGGAGGCCCAGCAGACGGAGCGCCCGCCUCACUCUGUGCUCCACAUUGAGGCCAACGCCAUCCAGAAGGUCGAGCGCCAGUUGGCCACGGCGCGUACCAGGAAGGAGAAGCUCCAGCUGCAGGCGUCCGAGCUGCGCGAGCUCAUCGCGGAGAAGCAGGAGCAGCUAUCGGCAGCCGAGUUGGGGGUUGAUGAAGUCACUGGGCAGAUUGCAGAGCUGGAAGAGACCAGGGCCAAGGUCACUCAGCAGGCGAUCCAGCGGGCCAACGCAGCUGUCGGAGGCGUGCCGAGCCCGCUUGGUGACGCUGUCCAGGGGGUGCUCUCUCAGGUUGGCGCCCUUUCGGAUCUCCUCAAGCAGCACGGCGCCGACCUGCCGCCCAGGUUUUCGGAGAUCGUCGAGAUUCUCAACACGCAGAAGGAGGCGGUCGCUGACGUGCUCAGGCCCCGAAGCAGCUCGGUCAGGAAGCGUUGGGGCGACAGCGUCGGUGAGGACGGCCUCGCGACUGAGGAUGACGACAUGCCGCUCGGCAUCGUGGCCCCAGGCCAGCGGACGGACCCUACGGCCCUGCAGCGGCCCGUGGCCAACACGGGGCUACCCUGGGCACGUGGCCUCAGGCGGCGGGCGGCGCCGAGCACCCUCGCCCGAGGUAGCCAGCUGGCGCGGUCGGGAUCACCGAGGAGCACAGCGGGCCCCGUGUCUGACGCUGAUGGGCGGGCCGCUCGCGAGGCAGCUGUCAUCGGCAAGGCGCCGCAGGUCGGCAGGGCAGGAGGCCAGCAGCUCAGAGCCGGCCUCGUCAUGUUCGGCUGCAACGGCAACGCUUGGAGCAGGAGCGUUGAAGCCCUCGAGGCCUUCUUCAAGGCGUACGACUACUGGCCUGACGUCGUGGCGCUGCAGGAGACGAGGCUCCUGCGUGCGCGCCUGCCCAGUGCUGCGGCUCAGGCCCGCGGCCUGGGCUACGCGGCCUUCCUCCACGAGGCGGCGCCGACGGAGAAGCAAGGGCCCCAGGCGACCUCAGGCGGCGUGGCGAUUCUGGUGCGAGACGGCUUGCAGGCCGACGAGUCGGCGCGCCCUUUGCCCUCGGCCUUGCGCCACCGCCUCAUCGGGGUGGAGGUCGCUGCUGCCUCGGGCUUUCGGGUCCUGGUGCUGGCUGGGUACUUUCAGCACUCUGUGGGCCCUCGAGGCACCAACCUGGACUUGUUUUCGGCCAUCUCGGAGGUGACGGGCUUUUCUGCCGACGUCCCGUGGGUCCUCCAAGCCGACUUCAACAUGGAGCCCGAGCCACUGGAGGAAUUGGGGUGGCCCGCUGCGGUGCGGGGGCAUGUCCUGGGGCCCUCGGAGGCGACUUGCCAUGCCGAGGGAUGUGACCACCUCUACGACUGGUUCGUGGCUUCCUCGGCGAUGGCAGCCUGCACGGCCUCCUGCGCCACCACGCUCGAGGGCUUCGGUCUGCACCCUCAUCGCCCUGUCCUGCUUCGUCUCCAGGACGUUCGGGCAGAUGCGUUGGUGGAGGUUCCGUCCAGGCCCGCACGCUUCCCCGAAGUUGCUCCUGAGCUCCUUCGGGCGCGCGAGGACGCGGAGAUUGUGUGCUACUCGGUUGGCAAGAAAGGACAGGUCACGCCCAGGAGCGUCGCGUGGUCCUGGGACGCAGGCACUUCACCGACCAACCUCUCCGACGCCUUCAGCGAGUGGGCUGCGGCGGCAGAAGGCACCCUGGUCGGCAUCCACGGCAUCGUCCAGGCCGACUUGGCCCGUCACCUCGGCAGAGGAGAGGGGCCGCGGCUGACCCUCAAGCCCCUCAGUGCCUUGGUCAAGCGAGACGCCAGGUUCAGGUUCAGCCUCCUCACGCACCGCCUGCGGAGCUGCCUGGACGUUGCCCUCCAGCGGCUGCGCGCUGAGAGGACUGGCCGCUGGCACCCUCGGCAUGCAGACUGGUACGGGCACCAGGCCAUGCUCAGAGCGCAGCUCUUGCUGGAGGCGGUGCAGGAGGCUGCCGACUCGGACGGUGGAGCUCUUCCUGGCGCAGCUCCUGAUCGACUGGGCGACCUGGUGUUUCAGGCGGGCGUCCACGGCAGCCCUGAUGCCGCUCGGGACCUCCAAGGGCUGCUCGGAGCAUCGCAGCGCCGCGACGCGGCUGAGAGCGCCCAGGCCUGGCGCAACUGGGCUCAGACAGCGGUUGAGAAGGGCGGUCGUCUGGCCCACCGCUUCUCGAAGGCGACGCCUCCGCCGACGGUCAGGGACGCUGACUCUGGCAGGAGGCUCGUUGGGAUGGCAGCGAUCGGCGAGCUCACGAGUGUCUGGCAGAAGCUGUGGCUCCAGGACGGCUUUGCCCUGGGCGCUGGGGCCAGCAGCUGGGACGUUGGCGAGUGGCGGCUGCCACCCAUCUCGCUGGAGCAGCUCCAGGCGGCCUGCAAGCGCUACAGCCCCUCGGUGGGGCUCGGGAUGGUCCUCGCGGCGGGCAUGGCUUCCCCCGCCUUCGGCACUACGGGUACGGUUCUGGCUGGGUGUGCGUGUGCGACAGCAGUUGCGAAGCUCCCAGUGCUGGGCGCCCUCCUGGCCGCGGGGGCGAUGUGCCCUUUGAUCACGCCGCGGAACGUUGUCGACGACAUCUCGCUCCAGGCGGUCGGCACGGCCCGACUAGUCAAGCGUCAGUUGUUGGUUUCCAGCUGCGAAGUGGUCCGCCUGCUGCGUGAGCAGCACCUCCCACUCAACGAGAGUAAGUCGGUCUUCCUGGCCUCGUCGCCGCAGCUCGCCAAGGAGCUCUCCGAGGAGUGGGCAGCGCAGGGCCUUGCCUUCAAGAGGGGACUGCAGGCGAGGAACCUCGGCACCGACGCCAACAUCACUCGUCGAGGCGUGCAUGAAGGAGCUGGGCGUGCGGUCGGCGGCCUUCGGCGUGGCCGCAGGCUCGGGGUGCUUCGCUCCGCUGGGGCGGCGACCGAGAUGGUCCACCGUGCUGGGCCCACCGCAGCGAUGCUGUGGGGGCGUACCGUGACUGGUGUGCCUGAUGGGGAGCUACAUUCGUGGCGCUUGGCGGCGGCGCGCUCGGCCGGGAAGCUCCCCAAGGGUGCCUCACUCGGGCUGAGGCUCAGGGCGGCGGAGGUCAUGCGGUCCAUCGACCUCGACCCGAGCCCCGCGUUGCUUCGUGCCGCCGUGCAGAUGGCGGCCAGCCUCCUGCAGUCGGGGGAGGUCUCGCAGCGCAUGUUCGAGACGGCCGUGCAGGAGGCGGCGUGGAGGCACGCGGGAGCAGCAGCCCCAUGGGCGCAUUGCCGUACGCCAGUGGAUGCCCUGGCUCUCUCGCUCACCAGGGUGGGCUGGAGACUCGUCCAAGGCACCUGCCUCGCCACCGACGACGGCCACUUCCUGGACCUGCGCAUGAUGGGGCCGCGCGAGCUGGGCCUGCUGGCAGCGGCAGGGGCGCGGCGUGCUUCGGACAGGUCGGAGCUGGCCCGCCUAGGCCAUGGAGCGCUCCCCCCGAUGCCCCUGUUCUGGGAGGCCUUCUCGGAGGUCCUCGGGUCGGGCAGCAAGCUCAGCCCCAGGGAGAAGGCGGCGGUGGUGAGUUUUCUCUCCAACGCCCACUGGCCCCAGAUCCGUUUGCACUCGGCGGGGGAGAGGGAGCAUGCUCGCUGCUGCGCGUGCGAUGCACCCCGCGGCAGUCUCUGGCACAGGCUGUUCGAGUGUCCCGUCCUCGCGGGGCCGAGGCGCGACUCGACCUCCGACCGCCUGCGGCGCUGUGCACACCGUGCACGUGGCCGAGGUGAGGAGGCGGGGGAAUGCUUUGCGCGCUGCUGGCUCCCUCAGCCCCCGAGGGCCGCUCUGAGGUCGGAUGCCAUGGCUGUCAUGUGGUGCAAUCGCCCCGUUGACGGUCUCCUCGGGGGGCGCCUCUACCUGGAUGGGUCGGCGCUCGACCCCGAGCACGCGAGCCUGCGGCGUGCGGGCUGGAGCAUCGUGCAGUGCGACUCCGACGGCAACAUGGAGUGCGCGGUGUACGGCAGCGUGCGCCAAGACCUAUGCCCUUUCCAGUCGGCCAAGGACGGUGAGGAUUUCGCGGUCUGGAUGCUGUCCCGCUUCCUGGGCCCGUGUGUGGACGAGACCCUCAUCGAUUGUGCGUCUACGGUCAGCUGCCUGACGUUGGGCAAGAAGUACGCGACGGCAGCCAACAAGCCCAAUGCCCAUCUCUGGUCGGGGAUCUACGCUUCGCUGGACGUGGACAUGCUUAAGGUUACCAAGGUGGCAGCCCACUGCACCGCCCGUGACGUGCUGGAAGGCAAGAUCACGGAGGCGGACCUCCGCGGCAAUGGUCAUGCCGACCGCUGGGCCAAGGCAGGUGCGGCUCUGCACCGCUCCAGCCCCGUGGCCAGGCGGGAGUUCUUCGGCGCGAUGGAGGUGGUGAGGGAGCUCUCAUGCUGGGUGGCGCAGGUCCCCGCACCCGAGGUGGAGCCUGCCCGCCGCCGCCAGGUCGACUCGGGUUCGGGCGACGGGUGGGCCUCGGCGGCGCGCGCUGGUGGAGUAUCCCUCGGUGCGACGGCCCUCGUUUUCGCUGGCCACGUCCUGGCCUUCGCCAGGUGCGGGGAGGGCGCCGCCGAGCAGGAGCUGAUGGCGCGCACCCACUGCGGGGCGUACGCGCGGCUUGGCGGGCGCUCAGGCGCGGCGCCCAAGCUCAAGGAGCAAUGCCCAGGGUCUGCUGGGCUUCCCAAGGGCAGGCGCGACCAGAAGGCACGCUGGCUGCAAGGGCGGCAUCCUGCUGGCACGCCCCACAGCGGCAACAAGCGGGUCGGCGCGGCGGUGCCCAGCCUUCGCGAGGAGGACGUGGUGCCGAUGGACGCCAGGGUGCGCUUCCUGCAGUGGCUGGGCGUCCGCCCCGAGGACGGUGCCCCUGGCGGCGAUGCCGCCUGCGCCAGCCACGGGCCCCCCAGCGGCGCGCCGGCCGCUGGCGAGGCUGCGGCGGCGCCGCUGGUGCCUGGCCCCGCGGGGGCCUCGAGGGAGGCAUGGCUGAGCGCCUACGGCCUGGACGAGGCGAGCCUCCUCGAGUGGUCGGCCGCGGCCGAGGAGGCGCGCGAGGACAGGCGCAAGCGGCGCCGCCGCGCUGAUGAAGACGAGGGGGCGUGA